CAGUGUGCAAAAUGCACAGCCCACUGGUUAGUGUGGCCGGGACACGCCUUCCGCCGAGCGGAACAAAACGGGGCGCGGGUAGGACGCACCCAACAGCCGCUUCCGAGAGUGAGAGCGCUUCCUGCCGCCUGCGCCCCCAAGCCGAGUCCGCAGCCAGAAUGCCCAACUGGGGAGGAGGCAAGAAGUGUGGCGUGUGCCAGAAGAGCGUUUACUUUGCCGAAGAGGUUCAGUGUGAAGGCAACAGCUUCCAUAAAUCCUGCUUCCUGUGCAUGGUGUGUAAGAAGAACCUGGACAGCACCACUGUGGCCGUUCAUGGGGAAGAGAUCUACUGCAAGUCCUGCUAUGGCAAGAAGUAUGGGCCGAAGGGCUACGGAUACGGGCAGGGCGCUGGCACACUGAGCACCGACAAGGGGGAGUCGCUGGGCAUCAAGCCUGAGGAGGCUCCAGGGCACAGGCCUACCACCAACCCCAAUGCGUCCAAGUUCGCCCAGAAGAUCGGGGGCUCCGAGCGCUGCCCCCGGUGCAGCCAGGCAGUCUAUGCUGCCGAGAAGGUGAUCGGUGCUGGGAAGUCCUGGCACAAGUCCUGCUUCCGAUGUGCCAAGUGUGGCAAAGGCCUGGAGUCCACCACGUUGGCCGACAAGGAUGGCGAGAUCUAUUGCAAAGGAUGCUAUGCAAAAAAUUUUGGGCCUAAGGGCUUCGGUUUUGGACAAGGAGCUGGGGCUUUGGUUCACUCAGAGUGAGGCCUACACCGCCGCCCACCGCGCCUGCUUUCCAUCGCCACCUGCUCCCUGCAGCCUCCAGGAUUCCUCCCCCUCACAGCUCUGACACACACCACUAAUAACUUGAACUUGGUUGUCUGGCUCACCUUGGUUUUUUUUUUUUUUUUCGGGGGGACGGUGCCUAUCCAAAGUUCUACCUUCCAAGAGACUCCCCCUGCCUCGGACCUGGGACCUGGGACUGGCAGCAGCAGGAGGCUUCAAGGCUCUGAGUCAGGGUGGCCCAUGCCCCCCGCCCCUGCCUGUACCUCUGUUUUUAGCCUCCCAGGCCAAGUGCCCAUCAGCAACUUGAGCCCACAUCUCAGAGGCCAGUGGAACAGCACUGGGGCCCAGAGAGGAAGGCAGGCUUGGUUGGGGGGAAGAGGGGAGAUAGAGGAAGGAAGAUGGUGCUUCAGUGAGAAGCCACUCACGAAACCACUGAGUUGAGGGGACAGAGGGUCAUAUGCCAUAGAAGCCCCCUGCUUCCCUAGUUCCUCGCCUCCAAAGAGUAAGAGAACAGCUCAGGUCUGAGCACCCCACAGUCAGGAUGUCUUGAGCCCCAGCCCCAGACUUCCCACUCCCUGUUUGGCUGGAAGGAGAGCUCUCAUAGCUCUCCUCUAGCACGCACUUCCAUCUCCCAGCCUCCCUGGCCUGAGGGGUGAUGCCCCUACCUUCCCCGGGGGUCCCUAGGCUCUGCUGACAGCUCCCCCAUCCUAGUGUGGCCUGGGUCCCUGCAGCUGCAUCCCUGGAGGGAGGCAUUCAGCCUUGGGCUUCAGCCCUCACACCCUCCCUUGGUCCUGGGUCCUUUCUGCCCCCUCCCUUCACCUCUCUCUAGGGUCAUGUCACCCCCAUCCCUUCCAGGCCUCCUGGGUAGAAGGAGCAGCAUCAGGGAAGCAAGGGAAGGGGCCAGGCCUCUACUCUCAAGUGACUAAAAGGACAACACUCUGACGCUAUAGGCUGAAAGGGCUGCCCAAGUGCUGCACUCAAACUCACUUUUCUCUGGCCAAUAAAGCUGUUAGAACAGA